AAUCAACUUGUCCGCAUUUGUUCACAAUCCCUUUGUAUGGGUCGCAAGAAGAAAGUCGAGCAGGAGGUAUACCACGUCGAGGUCAUCACCAAGGCUCGCGUCAGUGAAGAGGGCGACUGGGAAUAUUAUGUCAAAUGGGCAGGCUAUGAUUCCGAUUCAGACACCUGGGAGCCCCAACAGAACGUGAAGCAGUGUGACCGGCUACUGAACAGCUUUUGGAAACAUAUAGGUACUGACGAUGAUGAUUACUCUGUAGGAUACGAGAUCGCGGCGAAGGACUCUUGGAUACAGCAAGAGAAGGAUUUCUUUGCUGCACAGUUCUCAGAAGAAACAAAGCGCAAAGGUGAAAAGAUCAAGAAGCCUACUAUAACUAUCAAGCAGGAGAAAGCGAAGGCUCCAGAGCCAAAGAAAGUCGAGAGCGAUGAUGAUAGCUCAGAAGAAUCCGAUAUUCCUCUUAAGCAGGCUUCUCCGGUAGUGAAGUCAUUCGCCUCGCGAGGUAAAAGGCGCAAAGCACUCGUCAGUUCAGAUGUAUGCCAUCCUUUGUUUAUUAUCGUGAUUUAAAGCUUAUAUGACACUAGUCGGACUCUGAUUCAUCAGAUGGUCGCCCAUUGAAACAACGGCGGAAACAGACUAGCUCUAUCUUGCAGUCCCGGAGCAAUACAGCAGACAAGGUUCCGAACCCUCGUCAACAGCUGCGCUCUCCAAGACA